CUGCUUUUGAACUGUGAGGUGAUGUUUUGUUCCAAGAAGAAGGAAGGAAGUGUUUACACAAACCUGCGCGGACACAACGAUUACUUUAUUCAAGUUUCAUUUUUACAUUUAUGACUCAACAUAAAAUGUCAUUUAAAAUGGCGGCGAAAUUGUCAAAUCAAGUCGUCAAUAGUUUUUCAUUUCAUUAUAUGAAGAAAGAACGACUGGAUUCGUGCCAACAUGGAGUUUUAUUUCCGUUUUUCCGCCUCAUAAUAAGGGUGAAGUCAUGACUCCCAAUCGCGGCAUUGCACAUUGAACAGAGCCGAGGACAAGCCACGCGUUAUUGAAACCGUUUAAGCCUCAAACGAACGUUAUUCAUGAAACGAAGGCUCUUGCUGACGUCACCGUCCCGGCAUGCACCGCGCCUUCUGCAGUACAUUAUUGACAAAGGAAAGGGCUGUAGUGAAACAACAACAACAGGGUGGAUCGAGACCGAGCGCCGACCGUGACACCUGAGUGACUGUGAGCUGAAAAGAAGUGUCCUGUCAUGCGAGUCUGGAGCUGAGAGCAGGAAGCGGCUCUCUCCCCUGAAGGCAGCAGGACCAAGCUCAGCAGCACCCGGAGAGAGGGGCGGGGCCGCAGGCGGACAGGAAGGGGAGGAGCUCAGCUGGAGCAAAUGCAGCAGCAGCAUCGGCAGCCUGAGCUGGUGGAAGGAAACCUUCCUGUCUUCGUGUUCCCCACUGAGCUGGUCUUCUAUGCCGAUGAGCAGACGUCCCACAAGCAGGUGCUCACCCUCUACAACCCCUAUGAAUUUGCUCUCAAGUUUAAAGUGCUGUGCACGGCGCCCAACAAGUACAGCGUCGUGGAUGCGACCGGAGCAGUGAAGCCGCAGUGCUGCGUGGACAUAGUAAUCCGCCACAGAGACGUGCGGCCGUGUCACUAUGGCGUGUACGACAAGUUCCGACUGCAGGUGUCGGAGCAGAGUCAGCGCAAAGCCCUGGGACGUAAGGAGGUGACGGCCACGCUGCGGCCCUCGGCCUCGCUGGAGCCGCCCAGCCCCAGGCUCCAGGACGACGAGCGGCGCCUCAAAGAGCAGUUGGCUGAGAAGAGCCGUCCUGCCGGCGGGGGCCCCAGCCUGCUGACCGUGCUGCUGGGGCUGCUGUGUGUGGCCGCCCUCAUGCUGCCGACCCUGGGCGAGCAGGAGUCCACCGUGCCUGUCUACCUCCACUUAAGUGUGAACAAGAAACUCGUCGCUGCUUACGUCCUGGGUCUUCUCACGAUGGUCAUCCUGCGCACGUGAUGACGAGCCCGAGGGCGUCGCCGCUCGAUGACACUGACGCAAGGGGGCGCUACUGGCUCUGUCCGCAGCAGAGGCCCGGAAGAAUUCACCAUGUGGAGACCUGUUCUUAGACGUUCACAUGCAUCUAAAGGUGUCGGUCCGGUCCAGGCCUCGCCUGUGUCUCUGUCGCCAUCAUGAGCCUGAAGGAUGAUGCGAGCUGUACAUAAAGACUUUUCUUACGGUAUUCACCUGUAGCCACCUUGACAUUUGUGUUCUCACCUUUUUCAGUGUUGACCAAAUGCAGUCCUUUGCAUGUGAAGGUUCCUGUCCCAAUAAAUCUUCAGUUGACAUUUCACUGAAAGCAUCCGUUUGUUGUCUGGAGCCCGACCGUGGUUGGGGAGGCAUCAGGAGGAAGCCAUUCCAAGCAGCUGCUUUUUCCAGGGGGUU